GAUUAAACUCGAUUUGAGUGAAAUUAACACAAAGGAGCGAAGAGCAACGCACACUAGUCGGCGAGGUCGCGGAUGCGAGACACGCCGGAGAAAUAUUUCAUGAAAAACAUAAAACUUGAACUUUUUUUCUCCUCUGUUUAUUUAUAUUUUGAAGGAAAAAGGACCACGGUGGAUUUUUUUUUUCAAGCCAGCGGAGAUACUAGCCCUACUAACGAGGAGUUGAUCUGAGAAAAAAGCCCGAAGUGACCGAGCUUGUUGGGGACUUGAACGAGGACCAUGGAGUAACAAGCUUCAAACUAGCAGCUAGCUGAUUAGCUUCUCACUGCACAGCACACCUCCCCUCCAUCCAGUCCCCUCCAUCUGUGGGCCCUCCACCCAGCCAUGGCGGACCCAGGGAUGUUGAGUUUAUUCGGGGACGAUGCAGGGCUGUUCUCAGAUGGAUUAGAUGGUUUAGGAGACUGCUUUCCUCAGCAGCCUGCCCCGGGCCAGCCCAACCCUCUACCCCAGCAGACUAAUCCCUCCCUUAACCACGAGCACCAGGGGAACAGGGGUUACCACCAGGGGAUGCUCCACGGCGCCGGAUCGGGCCCGGCGCAGCCCAAACUGGGGCAAAUGUACGACCACGGCCCCUACGCAGGCUACGAGCAACCUGGUGCCGCUGGAGGACGAAUGAUGGCCCAGAACGGCCCCAGUCAGGGCCCACCGAACGUUACAGCGGCCAUGAAUGGCAUGGCUUCCCACUACCAUAAUAACCCAGCUAACUCUAGUAACCCCCACCACGGGUAUCCGGGUGAUGCUGGGGGAGGAGCAGGCGGGGGUGGCGUUUGGGGCCAGCAGCAGCAGCAGCAGCCGCAGCCGCCACAGCAGCAGCAGAACAGACCGGCUUAUCAGCAGCCUCCAACACAACCAGGGGGAGCCCCCACCCAGAUGGGGGGCUACCAGAUGUCUCAAGGCAACUAUGGCGGGAUGCAAGGCACACCGACACCCAACGCAGCUCGCAUGAACCAACACUACCCUCCACAGAGCAUGGCACCCCCUACCGCUCAGGACCCAUCUCACUACCUGGGACAUGUCGGGAUGGGGGGAGCCCAAAUGAGAAACCCUCAGCCCCAGCCACAACCCCAGGGCUACCCCAACAUGGGCCACACACCCCGAUACCCACACUCCCCCUCCCGACAGCCUCCGCAACCCCACCAGCACCAACAGGGCAUGGCAGGGUUCGGGGCUGGCCAGUAUCCCGGCUAUCAGGCCCAGUACGGAGCCAUGGGGUCCGGGAUGGGCCAGGGCGCUAACGCUAACGUCAGCGCUAACAUCAGCCAGGCCAUGGGACCGGGGCAGCUCGGCCAGAGGUUUAACCAGGGAUCAGGCCCAGCCGCUGGGCAACAGGGGCAGCGCUAUCCAGCCGCACCACCUCACCAACCCCUUCAGACCCGUGCCCCCAUGCAGCAGCAGCAGGCAGGGCAGCAGGGCCAGCCUAUGCACCCCCUCAACCACCCCCAGAAUCUGCCCCAGCCCCAAAACCAGCCCCAGUCCCACCUCGCCCCCCCAGCUCAGGGAUCCUACCCCUCCCCUUCAUCCAUGUCGCCCAUGCGGGGUUUGGGAACCCCAACCCCUCCUCCCCAGCAGGGCAGACCCCCUAGCGCAGGGCUAGCAGGGCCCACAGAGGUUGCUGGGUACACAGCCCUGCAGACUCCACCCAAUACUAUCACCCUUCCUCAGAGAACUCCCCAAACCCCUCUUACAGCCCCACACCCCCAACACCAGCAGGCCCACAACAUGCCCCCCAAUGCAGGGCAGAUGUACCCCGGCAUGGGGCCGCAGCGUGGUCCACAAAUAGGGCCAAACAGGCCUCAGCUCCAGCCACAGCAAGGAUCUCAUGAAGGCCCGGUCGGCCAGGGGGGAGACCAGCGUCUGCUCCAGGCCCAGCAGCAGGCCCCUCGGAACGGGCAGCCCGCCCCCAUGGGUUUCCAGGGCCAGCCGGUCAGUCAGCACGGAGGCCCUUCUCCGAACCAGGGACUGGUGCCGCCCGCGCCCAACGCUCAGACGCAGCACGCACACCUGCCCCCGCACCCCCACCACCUGCAGAGCACGCCCCCUCCUCCCCCCAACCAGGCCUCCCACCCAUGGGCGCCUCCUGCCUCCCACUCGCUAUCCUCACCCCCUCUCACCCCACAGAAAGUGCCUCAUGUUCAGCAUUCCCCCACGGACUCGUCAGGCGACGCCUCAAUGAUGGUUCCUGACAGGCCGGCGGUUGGAGCCGGUGCCCCCGGCCAGCCUAUCAGCACAGAGCAGCCCAGCGACCAGGAGACCAAGCCAAAAAAGAAGAAAAAGAAGAAAGCAAAAGUGGCGGACGGAGAGGAAGAGGGAGGGAGGAAGAAGGCGAGAGACGGAGUAGACGAAGACGUCAAGUCGGAAUUUCCCGGCACAGGAAGUGAUGCGGGCGAACAGGCGACCGGCACAGGAACUGUAGAGGGAAGUUCGCCACCGGCGGAGGAGAAGAAGAAGCGGAAAAAGAAACCAAAGGAGAAGGCAGAGGGCAAGGAGCCCAAAGAGCCCAAGACCCCGAAGACGCCCAAAACACCCAAAACACCCAAGACCCCCAAAGAGGCCAAGGAGCCCAAGGAGAAGAAAGCCAAGAGCUCCACACCCAAGACCAAGACCCCCAAGAAAACCAGCAGUAAGAAGGUGGAGCCGGAGGGCGGGGCCAGUGCUGCUAAGAAGGAUUCCAAGAGGAAGAGAGAGCCGUCAGUCAGCGACGAAGUGGAGAUGAAGUCUCCGCCUCCCUCGCCUCCUGAAGAGGAGGAUGACGAUGGUGUACAGAAGCGUCGCUCUAGUCGUCAGGUGAAGAGGAAGAGGUACACAGAGGAUCUGGAGUUCAGGAUCUCGGAUGAAGAUAACAGCGGAGACGACUCACCAGCACCAAAAUCCCCAUCGUCGUCAGCUCAACAGCAGGAUGUGGCCGAGGUUGAGGGGCCGGUUGUGGAGAAGAUUAUGGGCAAGCGCAACACCAAGAAACAGCUGGAGUCGGGGGAGGAAGUAGAGGUGGAGGAGUUUUACGUGAAGUUCAAGGGCUUUUCGUACCUCCACUGUCGCUGGGCUGACCUGGAGGAACUGGAGAAGGACAAGAGAAUACACCAGAAGGUCAAGAGGUUUAGGGCCAAGCAGCAACUCAACAGUUUUAUAACUGAGAUGGACGACGAGCCUUUUAACCCGGACUAUGUGGAGGUGGACCGUGUCCUGGACAUUUCAGAAAGCACAGAUGAAAACGGAGAGUUGGUGACCUUAUAUCUGGUGAAGUGGUGCAGUCUGCCUUACGAAGACUCCACCUGGGAGCUGAAGGCUGAUAUCGACCAAUCCAAGAUAGACGAAUAUGAACACAUCGCUGCACGCACACCCAACACUAAGAGAGUGGAACGGCCUCCUGCAGCCGACUGGAAACAGCUGGAGGGCUCCAGGGAAUACAGGAACGGCAACGCACUCAGGGAAUACCAGCUUGAAGGCCUCAACUGGCUAACCUUCAACUGGUACAACUCACGUAACUGUAUCUUGGCUGAUGAGAUGGGUCUAGGAAAGACCAUCCAAUCCAUUACAUUCCUCUACGAGAUUUACAUGAAGAGCAUUGAGGGGCCGUUCCUGGUCAUCGCCCCGCUCUCCACCAUCCCUAACUGGGAGAGAGAGUUCAGGACCUGGACUGAGCUCAACGCGGUGGUCUACCACGGAAGCCAGGCCAGCCGCAAGACCAUCCAGGCCUACGAGAUGUACUACAGAGACGCACAGGGUAAGAUAAUAAAGGGAGCAUAUCGGUUUCAUGCGUUGAUCACAACCUUCGAGAUGAUUCUGACCGACUGUCCGGAGCUGCGCAGUAUCCCGUGGCGCUGCGUGGUGAUAGACGAAGCCCACCGACUCAAAAACAGAAACUGCAAACUACUGGAAGGACUCAAAAUGAUGGACAUGGAGCACAAAGUUCUGUUGACAGGAACUCCCCUCCAGAACACAGUGGAAGAGCUCUUCAGCUUACUCAACUUCCUGGAGCCAGAGAGAUUCCCGUCUGAACAGACAUUCAUGACUGAAUUUGGAGACCUUAAGACUGAAGAACAGGUUCAAAAGCUGCAGGCCAUUCUGAAGCCCAUGAUGUUGAGAAGACUGAAGGAGGAUGUGGAGAAGAACCUGGCGCCUAAGGAGGAGACCAUCAUCGAGGUUGAGCUGACCAACAUCCAGAAGAAAUACUACCGCGCCAUCCUGGAAAAGAACUUCAGCUUCCUGUCUAAAGGAGGUCCAGGAGGAGGAGGAGGCGGUAGCAGCGGCGGCGGAGGAUCCGCAGUCCCCAACCUCCUUAACACCAUGAUGGAGCUGAGGAAAUGCUGCAACCACCCCUACCUCAUUAACGGAGCGGAAGAGAAGAUCAUCGAGGAGUACAGGGACUCCCACGGUGGCAGGGUUGACAUUCCGGAAAUGGCUCUCCAGGCCAUGAUCCAGGCCGCCGGCAAACUGGUGCUCAUCGACAAGCUGCUGCCCAAACUGAAGGCCGGCGGCCACAGAGUGUUGGUGUUCAGUCAGAUGGUGCGCUGUCUAGAUAUCCUGGAGGAUUACCUCAUUCAGAGACGUUAUCCGUACGAGCGUAUAGACGGCAGAGUUCGUGGUAACCUGCGGCAGGCGGCCAUCGACCGUUUCUCCAGACCAGACUCCGACCGCUUUGUCUUCCUGCUGUGUACGAGAGCCGGAGGACUGGGCAUCAACCUGACCGCAGCAGAUACCUGCAUCAUCUUUGACUCGGACUGGAACCCUCAGAACGACCUGCAGGCCCAGGCCAGGUGUCACCGUAUCGGCCAGUCCAAGGCGGUCAAAAUCUACCGCUUGAUCACCAGGAACAGCUACGAGAGGGAAAUGUUCGACAAGGCCAGCCUGAAGCUGGGGCUCGACAAGGCCGUGCUCCAGAGCAUGAGCGGGAGAGAGAACGCCAACAGCGGGCAGGUACAGCAGUUGUCCAAGAAGGAGAUUGAAGACCUGCUGAGGAAGGGAGCGUACGGAGCUCUAAUGGAAGAGGAAGACGAAGGUUCCAAAUUCUGCGAGGAAGACAUCGACCAGAUCCUCCAGAGACGAACCCACACCAUAACCAUAGAGUCUGAGGGCAAGGGCUCCACUUUCGCUAAGGCCAGUUUUGUUGCAACGGGUAACCGAACAGACAUUUCUCUGGAGGAUCCAGACUUCUGGCAGAAAUGGGCCAAGAAGGCUGAGCUGGACCUGGACGCCAUCAACGGACGGAACACGCUCGUGAUCGACACACCGAGAGUGAGGAAGCAGACGCGGCACUACAGCAGCGUCAAAGAAGACGAAAUGAUGGAGUUCUCUGAGCUGGAGAGCGACGAGGACGAACCGAGCAAACCCUCAACUAAACCUCGGAGACCCCAAGACAAAGCCCAGGGGUACCCCAGAUCUGAGUGCUUCAGAGUGGAGAAGAACCUGCUGGUCUACGGGUGGGGUAGGUGGAGCGAGAUCCUGGCUCACGGUCGCUUCAAGCGCCCCCUGAAGGAGGCCGACGUGGAAACCAUCUGCCGGGCCCUCCUGGCCUACUGCCUGCUGCAUUACCGCGGCGACGAGAACAUCAAAAGCUUCAUCUGGGACCUGAUCACCCCGACCGCAGACGGGACGACCAAGACGUUGACCAAUCACUCUGGUCUCUCUACACCAGUACCUCGAGGCAGAAAGGGCAAGAAGGGGAAGCCCUCUGUCCCGCCUCCACAAACUCCGAGAGCCGAUUGGCUGGCCAGCUGCAAUCCUGACCACUUACUGCAAGAGGACAGCUACAAGAGACACUUGAAACAUCACUGCAAUAAGGUGUUGCUAAGGGUGAGAAUGCUGUACUAUCUGAGACAGGAAGUCAUCGGCGACCAGGCUGAGCGCAUCCUGGAAGGAACCUCCGACUCCAGCGAGCUGGAUAUCUGGAUCCCCCAGCCGUUCCAUGCAGAGGUCCCGGCCGACUGGUGGGACAGCGAGGCUGACAAAUCCCUGCUCGUCGGAGUCUUCAAACACGGCUAUGAGAAGUACAACUCUAUGCGAGCAGACCCCAACCUGUGCUUCUUGGAGAGGGUGGGCAUGCCCGACGCCAAGGCCAUCGCCGCCGAGCAGAGGGGCUCCGACAUGAUGACAGAUGGCGUCGAGGGCGAGGAUGAGGAUCCAGAGUACAAGCCGCUGCGGAUGCCUUUCAAAGAUGAAAUGGACGACUUCACCAACUCUCCACUGGACGACAAAGAUGAGAAUGCAGAGGGAGAAGCAGAAGGUAAAUCAGCUGAGAACGGUCAGAGCGCUCCUUCCGCCGGCGGAGCCGCAGGUUCCAACGAGCGUCUCUAUUGGCCGGCGGCCUCGGCUCUGACGGCCCGCCUGCGCCGCCUCAUCACGGCCUACCAGCGCUCCAACCGCAGAGAGCAACUCCGCCAGGAGGCGCUCAACCGCCCCGACGGUCGCCGGCGACGACGCAGGGACUUCAUGCCUUCCAUUGCCAUGGUGACCGAGGCAGGAGGAGGGGCGGCGUACAUCCAGGAUGGCGCCGGAGUGUUCAUGGCUGAAGGAAGCCAGUACCUGACUAAGGGAGGGGCUUACUUUGCCAAAGGUGGGCAGUUCAUGUCAGAGGGGUCUCCAGUGAUGACCGCCAACUCUCUGAUGACUGAUGGAGCCAUGUACUUCAAGGAGAGGAGACAAAGAUGGACUCGUCGUGAGGAGGCCGACUUCUACCGUGUCGUGUCCACCUUCGGAGUCGUCUUCGACACCCAGCGUCAGAAGUUUGAUUGGACACAAUUCAGAGCCUUCGCCAGAUUGGACAAGAAGACAGACGAGAGCUUGGAGAAAUAUUACUACUCAUUCAUUGCCAUGUGUAAACGAGUCUGCCGCAUGCAGGUCAAGACUGACACAGAACUUCCAGACCCGACCCUGAUCAUCGACCCCAUCACAGAGGAGCGCGCCUCUCGCACGCUGUACCGCAUUGAGCUGCUCCGCCGCAUCAGAGAGCAGGUCCUCCCUCAUCCACAGCUGUCUGAGCGCCUCAAACUCUGUCAGCCCUCCUUAGACCUCCCCGAGUGGUGGGAGUGCGGCCGCCACGACAGGGACCUCCUCCUGGGCGCCUCCAAACACGGAGUGAGCCGGACAGAUUACCACAUCCUAAACGACCCUACAUUGGCCUUCCUGGAGGCCCACCAGCGCUUCACCAGCCAGCCAGGGCCCGGCAUCGCCAUGGGAACCCAGGGAGAGCUCACCAAAGCCGGGGUGGGAGAGGCAGAAAGUGCCUCCGCACCCAUCCUCACCCCCGCCGAGCUUGCGAGCGCGACGGCCGCAGCCAAAAUUGCCGUCGACGCGGCUAAAGAAGAGGAGGGAGAAGGGAAGGAGGUGAAAACUGAGGAAGGGAAAGAAGAGACGGAGGUAAAGAUGGAGGUAGAGGAAGGAGACGCCAGCACCAUUCCAUGCACCAAGACUGAAACUCCUGAAGAACAGAAGGACGAUGAGGGAGAGGUCGGAGAAGGAAAAGAAGAGGCCGCCGCUUCACCGGGCAAGGAGGUCAAGAAAGAAGAGGAGGAGGCGGCACAGCCAAAAGUAGAAAAGGAGGAUCAGGAAGAGCUGAAAGAGGAGCAGAGCAAAGAAGGAGAGAAAAGCUCCAUGCCGGAAGACGACCAAGACAAAAACCCAGGAGAGGAGACGAAGAGUCCCGCUCCUGCCGACACCGAUGGGGACCAGAAGGAGACGGUGGCCGAGCCCCCAGAACUUCCCGACUCCUCUCCUAAAGCACAAGCAGGACACAAGACUGCAGAGGAAGAGGAGGAGGGGGGAGAGGAGAGGGCCAACCCUGAGUCUCCUAAAUCUCCAAAGUCGGCCGAAACAGAGAAAAGCCCAGAGGAGGAAGAGGAGGAGAGGAUGGAUGAAGAUGACAAAUCAGAGAAAUCCUCUCAAGCUGAAGCGAGCGCUGCGUCAGAGCAGAAGAACUUUGACGAGGAGAGCAUCGCCUCUCUCAGCACGUCAGCCCGAGACGAAACCAGAGACGGGUUCUGCCCCGACGACCUGCCGGAAACUUCUGCUCUCCAGGCCUCACAGGACAGAGCCUACGCCUUCUCAUUCUGGCCUAAGGACCGAGUGAUGAUCAACAGGAUGGAUAACAUCUGCGAGGCCGUCCUGAAGGGCAAGUGGCCCGUCAACAGGCGCCACAUCUUUGACUUCCCCAGCAACCUGUUGCCGGGGCACGGCUCGGCAGUGACCGCGGCGGCCGUAGCCACUGUGACCGAGAGCCCACUGCAGAGGCGGAGCUUGGCCGAGCUGACGAUGGCCGGCAUCCACACGCCUUACAGCGGGAGUGAAGAUAAAACACUAUCCCCACAGGUUCAUGAUGAUGCUCUGAGCCUGACGGCGCCCCGACAGAGAAGGAGGAGGAGGAGGAAGAUCGAGAUCGAGGCGGAGAGAGCGGCCAAGAGGCGCAAUCUGAUGGAGAUGGUGGCUCAGCUGAGAGAGAGCCACGCUUCCGUUGACACUCAGAGCCAGGCUAUAGACCUCACCAAGGGUAUGCACCAUCACCACAAGGCCUCUCCCUCGUUGAGCGGUUUCCCCAGCGCCCUGGUGACAAACCCCUCCCUUAAGGCCCAGAUGGAGCUGCUGACCCCGCCCUCUGGACACAGAGCCAAUGGCUCACUAGAGGCUGACCUGCCCAUCAUGAGAAGGAGGCGAGGCCGCAGGAAAAAUGUGGAGGGCCUGGAGCUGCUGUUCAUGGGCAACAAGAGAGGAGGAGGGGAUGAUGCAGAAGGGACGAAGGUUUCAGGUGUGGAGGGGGGUCGGGACGCUGCUCGUGCCCACAGACCCAUCUCAGUCCCCGAGCAGAGCCCCAGUGCCAGAUCUCUAGCAUCCGGAAGUCUGGAUGAGGAGGAGGCAGCAGUUUCCAACAAAGAGCUGGGAGAGUGGCUGAGGCAGCACCCCACAUACACCAUGGACAUGGCUGCAUUUACACCAAAGAGCGAGGACAUGCUGUCUCAGUUCUCUAAGCCCAAGCAGAAGCGCCAUCGCUGUCGAAACCCCAACAAGAUCGACAUCAACACCCUCACAGGAGAGGAGAGAGUGCCUGUGGUGAACAGACGCAACGGACGCAAGAUGGGCGGGGCCAUGGCUCCACCAAUGAAGGAGCUCCCCAGAUGGUUAUUGGAGAACCCUGAGUUUUCUAUCGCCCCUGAUUGGACAGACAUCGUCAAACAGUCGGGAUUCCUCCCAGAAGCUAUGUUUGACCGCCUUCUGACAGGCCCUGUAGUCAGGGAGGAGGGUGUCCGCCGCCGGGGGCGACGACCCAAAUCUGAGAUCGCCAAGGCAGCAGCUGCAGCCCAGGCAGCAGCCGCAGCUCAGGCUGCACAGGCUUCACUGGCUUCUGCUGCUUCAUCUGCAGGAGGCAUCAACCCUCUGCUGCUGAACAGUCUGUUUGGAGGGAUGGACCUGUCCUCCCUCCAGAGCCUGCAGUCUCUCCAGUUGGCUGCUGGUCUGAUGGCCUUCCCCUCCCCCGCUGAUCCCAAGCAGGCCUCCAUGCUGCCCCUCAUGCUGCCUGGCAUGGGAGGCCUGCCCAACAUGGCCGCCAUCCCCAAUAUGUUCAGCCUAGGCGGGCUGUUCGGCGGUAACCUGGCCGCAGCCGCAGCCGCCGCAUCCAGCUCCGCCCUCGCCGCUGCAUCGGGGAACACCAACGGCGCGAUGGAGGGAGAGAGCAACGACGGCACCAAGACGAGGAGAGAGGCAGAUGAGAAAGAAGACGGAGAGGACGGUGACGAGUUCGGAGAGGAGGAGGACGAAGAGGCGGAGGGGAGCGAGGACGGCGCGAAGAAGGCUAAGAAGAAGAAGAAGAAGAAGAAGGAGAGAUCACAGAACAACGUCAGCGCAGCUCAUCAGAGCGCAGCGGCCGAUUCGCCCGCCGACUCCUCCUCCAUAAACGGAGACGCCACCGCUCUGCUGGCUGCUGCCGGCAUGUCUGCCAACUCCCUGGCAUUCAACCCCUUCCUCCUCUCCACCAUGGCCCCCGGCCUCCUCUACCCCUCCAUGUUCCUACCUCCAGGCCUGGCCGGCCUCAGCCUGCCCGGCUUCCCCACUGCCUCCACCCUGGCCGAGCUCCAGAGCGCCAUGGCCGGAGCGCUGGGGGGCAACGCCAUGAACGCCAUCCCCCCGAGAGACGAGGAGAAGGCGGGGCCGAAAGCUACAGCGGCAGCAGCAGGAGAGGAGGAGGACGAGGAGGAGGAUGAUGAAGAGGAGGAGGCGCUGGGAGGAGAGAGUGACUUGGCGGAGGACAAAGAAGGAGAAGCGGAGGAGACGAAAGGCGACGCUGAGGAUUCAGCUCUGGAGGACGGAGGGAUGGGAGGAGAGGAGGAGGAGGAGGAUGAGGAGGAGGGGGACACAUCUCCACAGAAGGACAAGAGUGACUGAAAUAAAACAAAACUGACUGGCCUUGGACAUUUCUUCCCCCUCUGACCUCUCCUCCCUCCUCCGCGUUUACACACCUCCACCUUCACAAAUAUCCAAAUUAUUAUGAAUCCUGUUUUUUUUUUUUCUUUACGUUGUUGUUGAUGAUUUCUCUCACUCUUUGUGUUUAUUUUUUUGGCCAGGUAUAUUAACUAUGCGUCAGAGAGGACUGGGUGUGUGUGUGUUAAGUUAAAUCUCUCUGAUCAAUAGUGUAGUCAGGGAAAAUCCUCACAGCCGCUCACUCACAGCUCGGCUCCUGUUCAAAGACUGUAUCUCUGUGAGCGGUGCAUCUCCACUUCUCUCUCUCACAUAGGACUUUACAAAGUUCCAAUAGUACUAUUAUUAUUAUUAUUGCUGCUUUCAGCUCUCAAGUUUUUGUUUUGUUUUUUUAUUAUUAUUAUUUCUUGCUUCCUUCCUCUCUUCCUCGUCUGGACUGUUUAGUUGUUUGGUUGUCAGCAGCGUCUCAUCACAAGAAAAGAAAUGCCCGCUUGGUUCUCAAAAAACAAACAAAACAACAAAAAAAAACAGCAUUACAGCUAAACCCAGCUGUCUGUCUGACAAAGCUGCUGCAAAGAGGAAUUGUGGGUAAUGGAGUUGAUGGAGCUGUUCUGUCUCAGAGCAGAGUUUUAUUUUUAAGUUCUCACAUAUCAGACCAGGUAGACUCUGAGGAGGAGGGAAAAAAACCCAGACUGGCCUAAACCUCAGUCUCACACACUGACUACCACAACACACACACACACACACACAUAUUCCCAACACAUACCAUGAGUCGCACACACGCACACAUUCAGAUGUCCACCACUACACACACUAACCCCCUUAAACCCUCUUUGUCAUGUGACUGUUUCUUGGAGGACUCGCAGCUGUUUUCCCUAUUUUUUUUUUUCUCUUUCUUCUUUUUUAAUGAGUGUAUGUGUGUGUGUGCAUGCACACUGAACCAAUACUGUUAACCCAGUCCCACACUGUUUAAAUACCAGUCUUGAGUCUUUCCACUGCCAGUCUCUGAAUCCUGUCUUCUCAAUGGGAGGGGGGGGGCUGGUUUUCCAGGCGCGGGAGUGGCAGGCGGGCUGGGUCUGCCGCCAGUCAGGCCCUCUGAUUGGUCCGCUCCAUGCCGCCCAAACCAGCCGUCUUCGCUCUGAGGUCUUCUGUGAAAGGAUUUGGAGCGGUGGACCACACAGGGAUGUGAUGUUUCAGGUUUAUUCUUUAAAGGAGGGGGGGGGGCACAUGAGAUGGUUGAAUUUUUUUUUUUUUUUUCGGUCGCUGCCACAUGAAAAUCAUGAAAGUUUGUUUUGUUUUUAUUUUUCCUUUCACAUCCCGGUAGUUUCAGACCGAGCGCUGCUCCCUAGUAACCUUCUCCUUAUGACUGUUGCUCUAGUCACACACACUGACACCAGGCCUGGCCAAAACAGGACUGAGACACAUUUUCAACAGAGUUGGAAAUUCACAAGUUUCUACGUCUACAUAUGAAGUUCAACUCUGGUCGCCGAGUCCAAUCUUUUGAAAUACUUGAAAAGCGCGAGGGCUGCUUGAUUUGUUUCCAUUCCAGAGGGCCAGUUCACAUGUCUGAGAUGAAUCAAGCACAGCAAGCAGUUCAAAUAUUUGAAAGUACAUUCAAACACGAACACAGUGGCCAGGUCUUAUUAACAUUUGCUAUCACAGCCAGCCCAGCAGACGCAGAGACAGGGCCGGGACGGGGGAGGGGACGAGAGAUCACCUCUGACUCUCUGAAGACACCUUCCCUGUCAGAGACCCUCGUUCUCGUCUCUAAUGCUGAGACAGCAAUAACCAAGGCAGCUUUUGAAUGUUCCAACAUCACUCUCCCAAUACACACACACACACACACACACGAUAUGAAUAACCACAAGUGUCGUAUGAAUAGAAAACAAAACUGUAAAUGAUGACAAAUAAGUACUGCAAUCAAUUUUGUCUCACUCUGUUCCUGUUGAUGCACUGGUGUUAAAGAGUUAAAAUAAUCAGGUACCUUUAUUACUUAGCUACUUUUUCUUGAAAAAAUUGACUUUUUGUUACUUUUAGCCAGCAAGCUGAAGAGCAUUACCUCAAAAUUCUUAUCUAGCCUUGAAGUUUACAGACAUACCGUGUAAAUGUUUUUUUUCCCUUUUUUUUUUGUUUUUUUUCUUUUUGGUGUGUGUCUUUUUUGUUUUUUUUUGUUUUUUUGAGACAUCAUGUAUGAUGAAUUGUAGCUAUGAUGCUUUUAAUAAAAGUGAAUCAUGAUAUUCGCCUA